AUGACUGAACUGGUGUGUGCAUCAAUCAUGGAACCUGCAAUUUCCAUCACGAUCCUUCUUCUGUUUCUUCCUCUUCUCUUUCUACUGACCUACAGGAGAUCUUUCAAAAGAAUACCCCCAGGUUCUUUAGGGAUCCCUAUAAUUGGACAGAGCUUCAGUAUACUAAGGGCCAUGAGGACCAACAAGGGUGAAGAGUGGUUUCAAGAAAGAGUAAGAAAAUACGGUCCCAUUUCAAAACUUAACCUUUUUGGGACUCCAACAGUUUUCCUCCAUGGCCCUGCUGCCAACAAAUUCAUUUACACUUGCAGCGAAGAACUACUGGCAAAUAAGCAACCUGCAUCUGUCAGGAGAAUUAUGGGUGAGAGGAAUUUAUUGGAAUUAAGUGGAGAUGAUCACAGGCGUGUUAGAGCAGCACUUGUUUCUUUUUUGAAGCCAGAAACUUUGAAGCAAUACGUUGGGAGGAUGCAUGAGGAGAUAAGAUUGCACCUCCACAACCAUUGGUAUGGCAACAAUGAAAUCAAGGUAAUGCCCCUUAUGAAGAUGUUGACCUUCGACGUAAUUUGUUCACUCUUAUUUGGAAUUGAGCGUGGACCGAAAAGAGACACACUGGUAAAACUAUUUGAAGAUGCCAUCGAAGGAAUGGUAUCAUUGCCAAUAAAUUUGCCUUUUACAACCUUCAACAGAAGCCUAAAGGCAAGGGAGAAAAUUAAAAGCAUUAUCAUAGAACUUAUACACGACAAGAGGAAAAAAUUGGAGAAAAUUGGCAUUUGUUCUAAUGAAGAUCUCAUUAUGUCCUUGAUUAGAAUGAAAGACCAAUCCAGCGAUUCAUCUGUGCUGUCGGACGAAGAUAUUGUGGACAACAUUUUUCUCGUUAUGCUUGCAGGAUACGAAACAACUUCUAUUCUCCUUACUUUCGUGAUCAAGCUUUUGGCCGAAGAUCAAACUGUUUAUAACCAUGUCCUUAAAGAGCAAGAGGAGAUAUCAAAGGGAAAGGCACUUGGGGAGCUUCUGACAUGGGAUGAUCUAGCCAAGAUGAAGUACACAUGGAAAGUAGCAACCGAGUCACUAAGGAUGAAUCCGCCAGUGUUCUUCAGCUUUAGGACAGUCCUCCAAGAUAUUGAAUAUGGAGAAUAUAUAAUUCCUAAAGGAUGGCAGGUGAUUUGGGCUCCAUGCAUGACGCACAUGGACGAAAACAUCUACCCAGAACCGUCGAAAUUUGACCCUUUGCGAUUAGAAAGCCAAGCAACAAAACCUCCACCUUAUAGCUUUAUGGCAUUUGGAGGGGGACCAAGAAUGUGUCCUGGGAAUGAAUUUGCAAGAAUUGAAACUCUGACAAUGAUUCAUAACUUGAUAAAUGCAUAUACAUGGAAGCUUUCUUUGAAAGAUAAUUUCUUCGGCAGAAACCCCGUGCCAGUGUUCAUUCAAGGAUUACCUAUGCAGAUUGAGCUUAAGAAGUCCAGUUACGAAAUGUAA